GGCUUUGGGUCGUGCUACAUUUACCCUUGCCUGUGGAUUUUCAUGCUUCCUUGUAAAAAAAAAACUGAAGAGCAUGCAGGUUUACAUAUUGUUUGGUAUGCAUUCGGGUAUACAAAUCUGGAAAAGCAAAUGAAGAGUUAUCUACCAUAGACCAUAAAAAAAUAAUAGGGGUUGCUGCAAUUGACCUCACUACAGGACUUCAGAAGAUAUGAAUAUUAAGUGACGAGUGACACUAAAUAGGAGGGUCUUCUCAGAGGCAUCAAGCAUUCCACACUUCAUCUCCACCAAAUGAUGUCUGAAUACUGAUUAUUAUCCCAGAAAAAGGAUUUGCAUAAGAAAAUCAUAUGUUGAUGUAUCAUUUUAAAAGGAAAUAGGAACACAUGUUCAUUGAUUCCUGACAAAAACUGUGGGUCUGCUUCCUGUUGGCCGGGUUGCCUUAAUUGAAAGUCAUGAAACAGGAAGAAGAUCAUUCUUUGUGGUUUGUUCAUGGAGGUUUGAUCAACUGACAGAGGGAUGUUUUCUAGCAACCUCCCACCAGACCUUCAUUUCAGAAGGGGCCCAGGAAUAUGAAUCCGAGACUGGUCUGUACUACAUGCUGGGUGCAUCAACACAGGUUCAUAAUGCUUCCAGGAGUGUCAGUCUGGGCUUUUUUCAUGAUGAUAAUGGUCUUGACAUUAGCAGAUCCCAGAGUCGCACGAUACCAGGUGGAGAAGUGGGAGACGGGGAAAUAUUUGGCUCAAACGAAUGCUGGGGAUUCGUAUCUUUGCCACUAUUGUGUGAUGAUAGGAAAUGUAUCGCCUGACAUAUCUGAUCAGUGUGACCUUCAAAAUGAAAAGAGAAGCUUUACAGAAAGGAAAGAAAAUCUGUAUCCAUGGUGUUAUCCAGGUUCUGGCUCUCCUUACCCAGCUUGUCCUCCACUCCCUACUUUAAACAACGGCUACUGGAUUUGUCCACCUGGUAUCACACCUGAUGCAGUGGAGGCGUAUGCUGCCUGUGCUGCCAGAUGUCUUGAGGGAUAUCAUCUGAAGGAGGAGAUUGUUGUCCGUUGUCCUGAAUCUUUGAAUUGGACCCACUCUGUUACUCCACAUUGCAGUUCUGAUGGCCAUUCUUGCCAGUUGUACAAUUUAAGUUUCAUUACUCACACACCUCAUCAAGUCAUCGUGUCAUGGAAUGCAACAUCAGACUGCAAGCCUAGGGAUAUUGUAUUUGUGAUGUCUGGACCUAGGCAGAAUUUUACCAAAAAUUUGACAGAAAAAACCAGCUUCCUUGUUUUUAAAAAUAUUGACCUUGACACUGUGUAUCGUGUAACUCUAUUUAUAGACCAAGAGGAAAUCAUCUCAGGAAAGUUCAGAUCUGCAGCAGGUGGUAUUCCCCAGAAACCCCAUCAUAUUCAAGUUGACAUUUUGAACACCAGUGCAGUGAAUGUGAGCUGGGUAGAACCCAGAAAUAACACUAAAAUCAUUGGAUACAUGGUUCAGAUGUUAUGUGAUGAUAACACACUAACUCUGAACACCUCAGUGAAUGUCCUUAUCAUUAACGAGCUCAAGGUUUCCAAGAAUUACACCAUAACUGUGAUAGCUUUUAACCAGCACAAGGCUAGUCUCCAGAGUGAUCCAGUCUAUGUGAAAUUACCAGAAUUGAAACCCAGAGAAAGUAAUGAUGCAACAAAAAUAGAGUGGUAUUUGAUACUUAUUAUAAUUGUGGGGCUAGCUGUGACUUUGUGUGUCGUUGGUGUUAGUCUGCGGAUCAGACAUAGAAAGAGAAAUGGCAGAGGAAGAGAAGGGAGAAAUAAUGCUGCUUCAAAUCAGGAACAAUUACCGAUAACGUCAUUAACAGUGAAUGUGAAUUCCAACCCUGUUUAUGACCAGUCGGACAAACUACUGGUACGCAAGUCAGAAAAUCCAUCAGGUGAAUCCAUUGGCUCUCAAGAGUUUAUAAACGUGCCUAUCCUUGACCCAGAGUCCCUGGAGAUUCCAGGCGACAGUUUAGGACUCUCUGAGGCAGCAAACCUAAACAUGGGCUCCUUGAAUCAAUGUGGGGAAUCACAAGACUCCAGUGACAUAUCAGAUUUUGAUAGCUCCAAUGCUGAAUUUUCUUCAUUUUUGGAAGAAAUUGAUAAAAAUCAACCAAAAUCAAAGUCACAGAGUGGUAAGAAGACAGUGCCUGGGUCUGAUUCUGGCAGAGGAUCUGUCACCGAGACAAUUUCCACGGUGUCUUCAUCUGGCUCAAAAUGCAGAUCAUCACAAAGUAAUUCUCCUACAGGUUGUGACAAAGUUAUUUCCCAAGACAGCUUCAGACAGCAGAUUUCCAAUGAUUCUGGUAGAGAAGCAGACACAAGAGAUGGUGUAGAAUCUAAUGACAAGUUACCACAAGAUUGGGAGGUAAAAAUAAACAUGGAAUUUUGUGAAUCCACAAGAGCUGAUAUGCCAUUAAAAGCUGAGCCGUAUCUUACAAACAUCUCAGAGAAAAGCAAUGAAGAGGAUAACUCCGAGAAAAUUUCAAGACCAGACGCUCAAGAUCCUGAGGCAUGCAGCUGCACCUUUCAAGCAUUCACAGACAGUCCCAAUAGCUAUCAGCAUUUAAAGGACUUGGGCGACUUUCUUGAUCCUGACAAUUAUUAUGGUCAUGAAAAAAGUUGGAAGGGUUUUACAGAAGCUGUUUUACAGAUGGAAAAAUUUAGAAUUCCUGCCAUAGAUAAAAGGUGCAGCAAUGGCAGUCCUUUUCAAACAGAAGUUUUGGAGAAAUUGAAAGCUGAAGGGAAAAAGAUUGGACAUUUAGUGUUCUAUUUCUCACAGAAGGAACAUUUACGUCUGGAUGUGUUGGACAAAAUUUCUGAAUUUCAUCAAGGAUGCAAAUUCUGUGAUAAGAUAUUUGCACAAUUAAAUGAAAACAGAUGAAUGUUACAAGCAGAAAGUUGAUUCAUCAGGAUCAUUUUUUGUGACAAGCAGAAAGUUGAUGGAAGCAGGAUCUGUGAUAUGCUACAGGGUGCAAACCAAGGUCCCAUGCUGAAAAAGCCAUGGAAUUUUUAAUCGAAUCAGCUGAAACUUUCCUCAACUGAUUGAUAAGCAAAGAUAUCUGUCGCAUGAACAAUGAUGACAAGGACAACUCACUACAGCAACAGUGAACCAGGUUGAAGAACUGAUGUUGCAAUCAGUCAAUAUCAUACUUCUAUGAUGUAACACUGUAGUAGUUAUUGAAGCAAUUUAAAUCAUUAUUGUUAUUUUACAUUUAUUGUGCUACAGAGACGUAUGAUGGAGCAGGUGAAUUAUGCACAUGAUAUUGUGAAUUUAUUGUAUUAUGUCAUCCCUAUUCAUGUAAAUGUAAGGAAAAUCUCAUUAUCAUGACCACUGCAAUUUGUGUAAACAUGGAUACUAACCACCUGUUUAACUAUUAAUUAUGCAUCCUCCCUAUUUAGUUAGGACCAUUUACUUAAGUAAUCAGCAAGCCAUUUACUUAAGUAAACAGCAAGCCAUUUACUUAAGUAAUCAGCAAGCAUCAUUAAAUAUUUUGCAGGUAUAAGACUAAAAUAUCAAUGAAUACCCUCGAAUUAUCUAUACUUUUUCUAUCACACAUCUGUUGACUUCGACCUUUUGUGUUUGCAUACAGAAUGGAAAGCAUUAAUCAUGGGGUUUUCUUAUUUCUUGCAAUGGCAAGGCAAUUGGUAUGCCCCCUUUCUUUAUGGUAAACGUCAUAGACUAUAAGCCCUUUCUUUAUGGUAAACAUCAUAGAUUAGCGCCCCCCCCCCCCCCCCCCCCCAUGGUAAACAUCAUAGACUAUACCCCUCCCCAUUCUUAAUGGUAAACAUCAUAGACUAUGCUCCUCCCCUUUCUUAAUGGUAAACAUUAUAGACUAUGCCAUUCCCCCAUCUUUAUGGUAAACAUAAAAGAUUAUGGUGAAUAUUAAAUAAAGGUUAAUUGGGGUUUAGGGCAACAGUUGAUCUGUUGGCUCAGGGUGCAAACUGUUGCUUAAGGUUGAAGAUGUUGUCCUGAUAUGGUAUGGAAGACCUCAUGAACUAUUGCCCAUGGCCACACCACCAAGGAACAACAGUACCUCUUUCCCUGAGGUAUGUGUGAAAACUGGUUUAUUCUCCUAUUAAGUUAUCUUCUUGUAUCUGCAAUUAAAAGAACCCCAGUGUCGUAGUUUAUAUUUACUAAUGAUAAUUUAUUUUGAUAUCAUUUAAAAUGUUGUUCAAAAACUUUUCAACAUACAUGCAUACUUUAUAGAUACUUUAAUAUUUCAUGGAUUUUGUCACAAUUAACCUUGAUACAUAUGGCAGCUCAUUCUUAGCAAAAUUUUCGUGUAGUGUAAUGACACAAUUGAGACUAUUGACCAGUCAAUAGUUUAACUGUUGCAUAGCAAAAUAUUGUCAGUUACUCUACUGAGAGACAAAUGAAUACUAUCAGUAAGUUAUUGUAUGCUUCCAUUAUAUACUAACAGGUAUUUCAUAUUCAUGUCUAUACAAUCCAAUUGUCAAAUUCAUUGCCAUGCAUCCUAUUUGAGUGGAUCCUUUGUUUAGUCAAAUCCCAAACUUUGAUUGAGACUUAAGCCAAGACAAGUAGAUUUUUUUUCUUUCAGUAAAUCCACAGCAAUGUUUUUGUCUGUUUUGCAUCAGGACAAAAUUGAGCAAAGUACCCAUCAUCAUGGAAUAAAAACAGUUGUGGAAACGAGAACAAAAUAUUAAUUUCAAUAUCAUAAUUACCGGUAUAAAAUCACUUGCUCACUCCAAUUUAUUUCUACUAGUUUUUAAAAAAACCCAAGAAAUUGCAUUGGUGUGGCCUUAACAAAAACGUGAUUAUGAUGAGUUCAAUUAUUUUCAACAAAACUGAUGUCAAGAUUGUAAAUUAUUACGUCACCAAGACCGGUGAAGGGCUUCAAAUUUAGGCCUAUGCUCGGCGCUUACGGCCAUUGAGCAGUGAGGGUUCUUUAGCGUGCCACACCUACUGUGACACGGGGAAUCCGUUUUUAAGAUAAUCUCCGAGGACCUGUGACAUUCGCACCUGAUGCCUAGCGUUUGACUAUGGAACUGUCACUACCUCUUUUAUAACGACUUAGGUCUGUCGCGGCCGGGAUUCGAACUCCGGCCUUCCGCAUGUAGGGCGAACGCUCUAACCUCUCGGCCACCGCGGCAGUAAAAUACAUAAUGAAUGUCAGAAAGUUUGAAGAAAAAAUAUUCUGGUACACCUCCUUUUUAAAAACAUGUCAGCACUGACGAACAUUGUGGCCUAUGGGAAGUUGUAUAGUAAUUUAAUUUAAUUGAGCAAAUCUAAGAGGGAUGGUACUUUUACAGGUAGUGCAGUGCCAUAUGAGUUUUACUCUGCAACAUUAUGCCCCUAUAAUUUGAGAUUCAGAGGUGUAUCGUUUUUGGUCUGUCUGUUAGCCCACAAAAACUUUAACUUUGGCCAUAGAUUUUCAAUGGAUGGUGAUAGGGCUUUCAUAAUUCGCAGGUGUAUUCCUUGUUAGAAGAUCUUUCCUUUCGUACCAAAAUUUUUGACAUCAUGACCUUGACCAUGGAGUUUAGCCAUAUGGGAGCAGCAGUGUUUCACAAACACACUUUGUUUUUGAAUUUGAAAGAGGGAAGAUUAGAUUUAGAUAUGAAAGCAGAGAAAAGGAAUGCAUUUUUUCUUUGUGCUUUUUUUUUUUACAUUAUUAUUUUUACAUAUGAUAUUUGUUAUUUAAAAGAACCUAUAAAGAUUAUUUAACUAUGAACCAAAAAUAUGUUUAACAUGAACUGUGAUAUUUCUGUUGUACAUGCAUUUACUUUUAAAUUUAAAUCUUGUACAAUUUCAUUUUUUAAAAAUUAUUCUUUGUCAUGUUACAAGUACACUACUCACCAUAAAUAAGUAUACACAUAAGCUAUUUACACAUUUUGCCAUGAAAUAUAUUCAAUAUGAUGAAAAAGAGCUGAAGUCACUGUGUAUAACUUUCAAUUUAUAACAGUAAAAUAAUCAGUUAAGGGUACAACUUCAAUAUAUGUGAAACAAUUGAUGAACAUUCAAUAUUAUCAGCAUGGUCUGUUAAAUUUUGAUAUUCAUUUAUUUAAGGUGAAAAAUCAAAGGAUCUUAUAAAAGUACACAUCAAAUACACAAUAAUAUAUACUAGUAAUUAAUUUGAAAUGGUUUCAAGUUUAGGUUUGCAUAAAAUCUCUUUAUGGAGAAUUCAGAAAAUCAAGUAUUUUAACAAAAAAUAAACGUCAUCUAUUUAUAUGUAAGAGGUAUGUAUUUUUCAUAGAAAGAUCUGUAGCUAUGACGUAACUCAUUCAAAGGACCUUACAUUGUAUAUGAAGAUUGUAUUUUUGCGUGAAUUUUAAUGAGAGUUAAUAGAUAUCAAUAAUAUUUGAUAUGUGUAUUAUCAUAAAUUUGGCAAGUUUAGGCAACAUAUUUUUUGGGAAGUGCUAGUUGUUUUGGAUUGCAUUAUUGCCAGUAUAUAUGACAUGUAACAGAGAAAAAUAUUAUAUUUCUAACUACUAGUAUGUGGUGUAUGACAUACAAAGUUUUUUUGGUGCAUUGUUGAGAUCAUGAAAUAUAUUUAUGGAAUGAUUGAAAUAGAAUGUAUAAAGAAUAUCUAACCAUGAACCAAAUUGUAUGCAACACGAUGAACUGUGAUAUUUCUGCCAUACGUGUACUUCAUUUUGAAUUUAAAUCUGGUUCUGGUAUAAUUCUCUCUCUCUCUCUAUAUAUAUAUAUAUAUAUAUAUAUAUAUAUAUAUGAGUGAAAGUUCUCGUUGGGUACGUUAUUUAUUGUACAGCUAUGUGCAUAUAACACAAAUAGAUGAUGAAACAAAA